AGCGGCAUAAUGGAGCAUUUCUCUUUAAAAAUAUCACAAUCGCCUUGAUUUUUGUCACAUCCUAUCAUCUACCGCUGGGAACGGAUUUGUGGAUAUAUUAUUUGCUAUAUUCCGGCGGAAGUAUGCAUUUAACGACGAGAAGAAGCGCUAUUGUCACAUUUCUUUUGAUUAUGCUCUUGGCUCAUUAUUGGGAAGCGGCGGCUGCACAUCUCUCCUAUUCCGUCUCAGAGGAGGUGAAUCCGGGGACUAAUGUCGGAAAUAUCGCCAAGGAUCUAAACCUUAACGUGCAGGAGUUGGUCUCCCGUUUGUUUCAGAUCGUUGCAUCUAAAAAGAAAUACUUUGACGUAAAUCUAAAGACCGGAUUUCUGUAUGUCAGUGAGAGGAUAGAUCGAGAGGAGGUUUGUACAGAUGAGCCCAAAUGCACGGUUAACGUAGAGGCUGUGAUAAACAAUCCGCUAAAGCUUUACCGCGUGGAGAUAGAAAUUAGAGAUGUGAACGACCACUCUCCAUCCUUUAACACGAAAUCUCAAAUACUGGAAAUUGCAGAGAACACACUGCCUGGGUUUAGAUUUGCGCUAUCGGAGGCAAGCGACGCUGACGUGGGUAAAAACAGUGUUAGUGCAUAUAAGCUGAGUACUAAUGAAUAUUUCAGUCUUGCCACACAUAAAAGAGGAAAGAGCAUAUCUCCGGAGUUAGUGCUGCAGAAAGCCCUGGAUCGUGAGAACAAGCAAGUAUACAGCUUUUGUUAACUGCAAUAGACGGAGGGUCUCCACCAAACACGGGGACAUCAGAAAUUGAAGUACGUGUGUUAGACAUUAAUGAUAACGCACCAGUGUUCAGUAGUACUCUUUACAAAAUUAAAACACUGGAAAAUAGCCCG